GAGAGAUAGACCAGCACUGGGGAAAUCAUCCCAUUUCCAUUUCUUAUUUUUCUUUCUUUAUCAAACCAACUGUACUACCUUCAUACCUUUUUUUUCUUAUUUCCGCUGUUCUCUCCAUGGGUCAAACCUAUUCCAGUCAGAAUAAUCAUACCAAUAACACAGAUAACACCAACAAUAAUAAUGGUCGACCUCCAAGACGACGCACAGCACAGUCAACAGGAGGCGCUUCAUUACGGAGAAGAGCCGUAAGACCACGAACCAGAGCUCAAACCUUGAGAUCAAGGCGUCAUGAUCCUAUCGAUACAACUGGUCGAAGAUCUCGUCAAGCGGCGUCAUCCUCUCGUAACAAUGCAACGACAGACCCAUUGGCGUCCGCAGGCGCAAGUACCUCCAACCCAACUAAUCCUGCCAGAGUUCAACAGCAAUCACCAAGCACUCCAUCGGCUACCUCUAUCCCGACCGCUGAUCCAAUGUCAUCUAUUCAUUCGACUCUAAUGACGCAUGCCACAGCUAUUGCACAAACCGCUGCUUCUCAGAUUGAUAAUCGCAACAGUAGCUUCCAUCGGCAUACCACCGCCUUUUCUAGAUUUAUCACCGAUGUCAUCACGGAAGCUGUUAUGCAAUCGUUCAAUGAGCGUCGCGAACAGCUGUUUGGAGAAGGAAGUGAAGAAGCCGCUACCAUGUCUUCGUUAUCUUCCGCAGCCUUACCAACCACAUCUCUUCCCUCGUCUUCUUCGCCAUCGCCGACCUCACCUUCUGCAUCAGCAUCAGCUUCGGCAUCGGCGUCGGCCGAACCGCAGCAGCGAAUAGGAAUGGAUCUUUCAAGCGAUUGGUUACAAGAACAACAGCAGCAAGCUGAGAUUGAACAUGGAGAACAUGGGAAUAACUCUUUCUUCCGGUUUGUACGGAUGCCAGUGACAGUGAAUGAAGACGAUCCAUCCGCGGAAGCGGUGGCUGCGACGCAUGAACAGGACACCUCCACCGACGUUGCUGGUCAACGUACGAUCAUGAUGCCGGUUUUUAUUCUCGGUUAUCGAACCCCGGUCCAGCAUCGACGAACGAGAGUUCCACCGCCGGAAUCAGCUGCAGAAAACGAAAAUCCCAACUUGCGGAGGAGUCAACGUAUUCGGGAACGACAACAACAACAAUCGGCUCGAACCGAGACGGAAGUCAGUCACGGACGAUGGGUCGUGUAUGUGAUUAGCGGUACCAAUUCGGCCGGCAUGAUGCCCUCCAUGCUGGGCGAUAAUCCUUCCUACGAAGACCUGUUAUCGUUGGCUAAUAUCAUUGGUCCCGCACGACGAAUGACGACGACGCAGGAAGCGAUCAAUGUCCACAUUCCGCUCCACGCAUUCACAGCGCAGGUGAAACAGUCCAUGGUGGGCGAUCAAGAUCGGUGUCAAGUAUGCUUGGAUGAUUUCAAAGCGCAAGAUCCAGUACGCGUUUUGACAUGUCAUCACGGAUUUCAUCGAGAUUGUAUCGACAAGUGGUUGAUGGAGGGGAAAAACGAAUGUCCACUUUGCCGUGAAGUCCCGGUACCUUCCUAAGAAUAGACAAAAUGUCAAUGAUAACCAAAGGAUCGGUCCAUCAAAAAGCCGACCCAAAAGAAACAUUGUGACAAGCGAUCCGGUUUAACAACCCCACGCUAUUUAUGAUCAUCUUUAUCACCAUCGGAAAUUGCCAUUAUUAUUUCGUGUUAUUUGGUCCCACUGCAUCUGCCUUUUUUUUCUUUUUUAUAGCCCAGUAUAUGCAACUCGAAAGAUGCAUGGCUCAUAGUUUAGACUGGAUAUUGUUGAGAUCAAACAUAAUAAAAUAAAACAUCAUGAUAACAAC